AAUUAGGAUAAAACGCUGAGCUUUGCCCCUUCCCCUUUUGGGCAUUUUGCCCUAAAUCGUUUCAAGCCUUGACCACCCCAGGCACCCCACCUACUGCUCCGCGUCUCUGCCUUGUCGACGCCCCUCUCAGCCGGCACCUCUCUCGCUCUCUCUCUCUCUCUCUCUCUCUCUCUCUGCGCCGCGAGCAAGCAAGGGUCUCCUCAAUCGAAGUGGAACGAGUGAAGGAACAAGAGCUUCGAUCAAGAAGGCUGCUUCAGAGCUUCUAUCGAGGCUUCGACGACUACCAUUGACAGUAGCAGGGAUCUCAUCUCCGAAAGUCUUGGUUGUGAUUUCAUCUCGUCUCAGUCGUAUGCAAGCAAGCUUCAGUUUAGGACGGAGGGAAGGUAUGCCUCAUGACAGAGACAAGCCGCCUGCAGUUCGUGUUUAUACAGUUUGUGACGAAUCCAAAUAUUUGAUUGUGAGGAAUGUUCCAGCUUUGGGUUGUGGUGAUGAGUUGUUAAAAUUGUUCAGUACCUAUGGAGAGGUUGAAGAAUGUAAACCAAUGGAUGCUGAGGACUGUGAGCCAUUCACCGACGUUUACUUGGUCAAGUUUCGUCAUGUCAACAAUGCCAGAUUUGCAAAAAGGAAAUUGGACGAGUUUGUUUUCCUUGGGAAUCGGCUGCAGAUCUCAUAUGCACCCCAAUUUGAGAGCCUUUCUGACACAAAUGAGAAAUUAGAAGGAAGAAAAAAGGAAGUUCUUGCUCGCUUGAACCCUGCAAGAUCCAAAGGGCCUACAGUUCCUUGCGCAAUUACUUUCAAUGAUCCAUUAUUGGGUGGAACUCCAGCACAGAUCAAUAGCAUUUCCCAACCCAUAAACUCCAACCAAAGGGAAUGCCGAGAGUCGGGACAUCUAUUUCCCACUCAAGAUCGUGUUUCCAUCACAACGGUUUCUUCUGACAAGAUCUCUUCAAAUUAUCAUUGCGGCUAGAUUGUCCUUGCCCUACAAGAGCAUUUUGCAUGGUUUUGUAUACUAGGUGUGAUGUAAGCUAUACGUCACUAAAAGGUGUGGUAAACUCCCAUUUUUUGAACUUAUCCCAUUUAAGUGCUGAAGUUGCUUAGUUCAUAUCUUUCUGGUGCUAACAAAACAAAUGUUUUUCUUUCCUUUAUUUGAAUGUCAGGAUUACUUCUCCUCGCGAUCAAUGAAUCAGACUGUCCAGCUAGUCAGGGAGAAGCUUAAUAAGAUACAAUCAAGUGUCGAGGAUUUAGAAGCUGGGCCGUCCAAGAAAAGGCUAGUGGACAAUAGAAGAAGAAUCUGAUGAACUUUUAAUAAUGGACAAGGCAGCUGUAUUUCAAAGUUUCUGUGCCUCGUCUUUCUGUCUGUGCUCAGUUUAUUAAUCUCAUGGCUUUGAUUAUUGUCUGCGAUACUUGGAAUGUAUCAACAAUUUUUCUGAUCCGGUUUAUCAUCGACAAAAACGGAAAGGAUAUGAUAAGCUCUGAUCUCUGCUCAGAGUCUUGGGUGGAUGUAAGCUUGGGUUCAUUUCCAAUCCUACCUCCCUUGGUCAAAAUAGAAAAAGGACGAGCUACUAACAUGAAAUGAGCCUCACUUCCCUUCUUGUGGCUGGUCACUAUACUGCUUAAUUUGGAUAUUGGUUCAUGCAUUUUGUAUUGUGAUUAGUAGAUAUUGAUUUUGUUUGUAAAGGUCAACUAUACCUUCGUGCUUCUGCUUCUGAAAAGCAAAUGUUUUUGGUAGCGUUUGAAUGAGUUUAGUUGUUUUUCAUGCACAACAAAAAUUCAC